CUGGAACAAAACCGAAGCCGCUUUUCCGGUGCCACAUUUCCCUCCGAGGUCCUUCCCAACAGCGCCCAAGGACCCAGCAAGUCAUUCGCCAUCGUCACUAUAAGAUAUCCCAUUGGAUACGUGUUUUAUUUUCUCCAUCUUGGCCCACCGAGCAUGCGGGCCAACGGGUAGGGCUGGUAGGGGAUCGCUGGUGUUGGUCUCCGAACUUGGGUCUCCCAAGUUCUGGUCGAGGGUGUUUAGGCCCUGGAACGAAAAGGUUGUUAUCUGCCUUGCUGCUUUAUUUCUGCUUCGCAAGUAUCUCCUUUGGCAGAGUUUCAUGGGCAGUUUAUCAGUCUUCCAAUCUGCAUUGUCACUGCCGUCUUGAGAAGGCAUCCAGGCUGAUGACUAGAAUGGGUUGAACCACUCUAACUUUUCCACCGAUGAACAUCAUUCACAUUUUUUCGAAGCCUAAAUCCGUUAAACUUGAGAUCCGCUCACCGAUGGAAUCCUCUCGACGAUCUGCCCAUCGUAUCACCCACCGAAACGCCGUCCUAUGAUAGUGCAAAUGAAGACGCACGCGCGAACCGACAGGCCAGCGGUCCAGGAGGCACCACAUGGCCGCUUCAGCUUCUUCUCUUCGGAUAACCAGCAAGCUAUCACGGCCUCGUCCUGGGUAUCCCUCUUCCCGGACGGAAACCAUGAUCAUAUCUUCCAAGAAAGCCACAAAGCCCGCCCAGAGCCCUCCCGCCCUGUCUGGUGGGUCGACGUCCGUGAUGCCACCGAGGAAGACGUCGGAAUCAUUGCAGAGGCCCUUUCCAUCCAUCCCCUGACAGCCGAGGAUAUCGCUAUCCGGGAGCCUCGCGAGAAAGUCGAGGUCUUCAAGAACUACUACCUCAUCUCCUUCCAAACGCUGGCCUCCCAGGCCACGGAGAGCGGGGAACGACUAGGAAUGCCCUCUUCGGCAGUGAUGUACAUCCUCGUCUUUCAGUAUGGAGUGGCCACGUUCUCGCCUAGUGAGUGCAGCCAUGUGAGCCGUGUCCGGGAUCGAAUUCGCAAAAUGCAUGAUCCUUCCAUCUUGUCUAGUGACUGGAUCUGCUACGCAUUGAUCGACGACAUCGUUGACAGCUUCGAUCCCUUCACCCGAGCCGUCGAGGCCGAAUCCGAAGCCAUUGAAGAUCAAGUCUUCAUCGCACGCAUUGACGACGUCCAAGAACUCAUUCCACAAGUCGACGUCCUCCGCAAGAAAACCACCCACAUUAUGCGCUGUCUAAACGGGAAAGUUGACGUACUGAAUGGCUUCGUCAAACGCUGCCAAGCACCCGAUAAACUCCCCAUCUUCCCUGACGGUGAUCUACUGCUGUACCUGGGCGACGUGCAGGACCACCUGGUAACGACGCUAUCAAUGCUGGCGCAUAUCGAUGAGAUUAUUGGUCGGUCGCAGGGUAAUUGUCUGGCGCAGUUGAGUGCAACCAAUUUGCGAGUUGGUUUGACGAUCAACUCGGCUAUGAGUAAGGUCACCCUGCUGGCGACGAUCUUUGUCCCGUGCCAUUUGGUGACUGGUAUGUUUGGGAUGAACGUUUAUGUUCCUGGCCAGGAUACGCCUGGCUUGUCGUGGUUCUUUGGCAUUGUGGGUGUUUUUGUGGCUUUUAUGGUCGUUUGUAUGGGAAUUGCGGCGAAGUUUAAACUUUUGUAGAUCUGAGAAUACAAUUUCGACCUGAUUUCGCGUGCCGUGAGAGCUAUAAAGUGAGCAUGCAUUAUAAAUUAAAGCUGUUAGAGUUCGAAUUCUAGGGUCUUGGAAAAUGAUUGUUGAGUAUCAACCAG